CCUUCGAUUCAUAAUCAACAACGUUGGAGAGUGUAGAGAACAUGGUUUGCUUCUGUUUCUUAGUGGAUCAAACGAGGAAGGUGAAGCGGAGCAAGCCCGUUGCGGGGUCGUGCUCGCGGUGUGGCGGUGGUGCCAGCGUCGCAGAUAUGAUUACACAAACUCGAUUUUGCUACGUUCCUUUCUACUGCAAAUCUUGGAAAGCUAUUAUGUGCACUUUUUGUGGAGCCAUGCUCAAGUCUUAUAGAUGA